AUGAAGCAAUUUAAUUAAUUGAAAAACUUUAACUAUUAUGUUGCAAGUUGCAACAUUUUGCUUGAAAUAAAUUUUAUUAAGUUUAACAAUUUGUGGUUGUAUUUGAUUCAUUUGAUUUCAGAAUUUUAGAUAUUUGGAAUUGUAGUAUUAAAUUUAAACAAAGAAUUACUUUAAUUACCAUUAAUGAAUAUUGAUUAUGGAUUGAAUAUUAUUUCAAUUAUUUCAAGGCCAUAUAAAUUAAUUGUUGAAGAUAACUUUUUUAAAUAUUCCUACAUUAUUCCAUUAACAUUAAUAUCCUUAUAUAUAUUCCAUUAAUUGAUUACAUUUUUUUUAUUUUCAAACUAGUCCUAAAAAAAUAUAAUAGAAUAUGUAAUGAAAAGCAAUAACAUAAAACUUAUUUUUCAUAGUAUAAGUAUAAUGUUUUUAGCAAUUUUUGACAAACUAUUAUGUAUACCAUGUAUUCAAUUAGUAUGUUAUUCAAUUGAACAAAAUAUUAAUAAUGAAUUCUUUGGAGCAACAGAAUUUAUUAAUAUAUUGUUUUCAAUAUUGACAUUCAUUCUUAUAUUAUGGAUCCAAUUAUUAUAUUUAAUGUUUGUGAAGGAAGCUAUUACAUUAAAUUUGUUUAAUUUUAAAGUUCUUAUAUUUUAAGGAUUGGAUUACUUUUAUACAUUUAUAAUUUAUAUUAUAGUAAUAAUAGACUGUAUGAAUUUAGAAAUGAAGAUAAAGAAUUAUCUAAUUUUUAUAAUGUUUAUAAUUUUAUCAAUAUUUAAAUUAAAUUAAUUAUUAAAUAAAUAUCAAUACGUUAGCAACAUAUAAGAUUACUUAAUCAAUUUGAAUGUAGCUUUUAUAUUAAUCUCAAUACUAUUAAUUGGAAAUAGUUUUAUAGAAGAAAAACAAAAUUUAAUAAUCAUAAUUAUUAUUGUUCCUAGUUUAGCAAUAGCAUUAAUUUAAUAAAUAAAAAAAAAAAUAGAUUUCAGUAUGCUUGUUAAGCUACCUGAAAAUUAAUCUACUUAAACUUAACAAUAUUUAAUAUCUAUAUUUUAAUAAAAAGAUUAAUUGAAUAGAAUUUAAUAAUUUAGUUUAUCAUUAUUUUUAUUUCAUCAUAAAAACAAUUGUCUAGAAAAAUCAUGUUCAUGUAAAAAAUAAGGAUUGGAGAAUGAAAUAAAAUUAAAAUAAUUAUACUUAAAAUAAUUAAUAUUAGAGUUUGGAAAAUCUAUUAAUAAAUUAACUGAUUAAAGUUUAAAAGGAUUCUAUUGUUUAUUUUAUAUAUAGAGUCUUAUAGCAAUUAAUUAAUCAGUUAAGGCAUAUCAAUAAACAAAUAUAUUAUUACUCAAAUAAAGUGUUCAUUCAAUGAAUGAUUAAUAGAAUAUUUUUAGUGAAUAAACUACUUAUUCAAUGACAGUUGAAGAGAAUUAGAAUGUUUAUAAGAAAAAGAGCAACUCUGAUAUGAUUCAUAGACUUGAAAAGAUCUCCUUAAAUUAUAUUAGUUAUAUUAAUAAAAUUAAAAUAAACAUUAUAUUAGAGAUAGCUAAAUAAAAUUUAAUUUCAAGUUUUAGUUUUGGAAAUGUAAUUUAAAAGACUUAAUUAAGUUAAAGUGUACAAUUAUUUAUGAAAGUUGAAGAGUAACAUCAAUAAUUAAAACACAAUAUAACAAAUAUAAUAAAUAGAAAAAAAGAUAUAUUCAUGAUAAUGUCUUCAACUACUAAAUUAAAUCCUGAAAGAUUCUUAAAUUAAUGUUUAGAUUUAAUAAGAAGAAUAAACUUUAUGGAAAAUGAGUUAUAACAUUUAUUUUAAGAAUUUCCAAGCAAGAAAAUGCAAUCUAUUUAUUCAUUUUAUUGUGCUGAAAUUUUGAAUAAUUUUAUGUAAGCUUAUAGGAUUAUAAAUUAUAAUACAAUAUCAGAUAAUGCUUUAAUUAAAAUUUAAAGAAAUUAUUCAGUUGAUUUAUUAACUACUUAAUUACAUUAUAUGAUCUUAAUUAUGGAUCAUUAAGGAACAGGUUUAUAGAUAGUAGAAAGAUCACAUCAAAUGCAUAAAAUAAUUGAAUAUGAUUAAUAAGAAUUUAAGGAAAUUAAAUCUAUUCUUUCCUUAUUACCAAAAGGAUUUUCAACUAUUCAUAAACAUUUGAUUGAAGAUUUUUUAAUUACUGGACGAUCUAAAUUCUUUAGAGAGUAAAAUGUAAAUUUAAUUUUAUAAAGAGACUCUUUUUUAUGUGCAGUUGACUUUUUCUUUGAUUUUGAUUUAACUAAAUUAUAAGAAUUAACCUUUUAAGUAUUUUUCUCUGAAAAUAAUGGAACUAAUUCAUAUCUUAUUUUAAAUAAUAAACAUCUUAUUUUAGGUGUAACUAGAGAAUUAUGUAAAUAAUUAAAACUUGAAGAAAAUGAAUAGUAAAAAUUACCAGAUUAAAUAUAUUUAAUGGAUAUUCAAUAACUUAUACCAGAAUACUUUACAUUAAUAGAUUAAAAUAAUAUUGAUAAAAGUUAACCAUUUUCUAAUGUUUAAAUUAUAUUUAAUGAUAAAAAUCAAACUAUUUAAAAAUCUAUCUCAAAUGAUACUAAGAAAACUACUGAAUAAAUUAGAUUCUAUUAUGCAAAUAUAGUUGUUACUAUAAGAUUAACUCAUUCUAUUAUUGAAAUAAAAAAUGUUGUGGAAUCAAAAAAAUCUAUUUAAUAGGAAUCUAUUGUUGAUUAUGAUAAUUUUGAAUAAGAAUGUUAUGAUUUUAUAGAAGAAUUUCAUAUACAAUAACCUAAUUAAUAUAAUAAUGAUUUAUUUCCUAAAUUAAAAAAAGGAAUUGAUAUUUAAAAUGAUUGUUAUAUUUAAGAAGAAAUAAAUGAAAAUAUUGAUUAAAUUGAUACAAAUAGAAUAAUAUCUUAAUAAUAACGAUAAUUAAUUUCAGAAUCAAUAUAAUAAUAUGAAUUAAUUAGUCCUGGUAGAAGUAAUAGAUAAUUGAUAGAUAAAACUAAUAGUUUUGCAACACAUUAAAUAAAUUAAAGUUGUUAACAAAGAUUCUUUUAACAUUAAAAUGAAGAAAAAGAAAAGGAAUAAUCAUAAUCUAAUCAAUCAUAUGCUGAAAAAGGAUUUGCAAAACUUAAUAAUGAAUAAAAUUAAUAAAAUGCUGAAAUUAGAGAAAAUUUAAGAUAAUAAUUAAAUGAAGAAAAUUAAACAACUUUACAAGCUAAAAAAAUUAAUUUAGAUAAUGCAGCAUCUAGUACUUUGGGAACAUUUUCUUAAAACUUUUAAUUAUUUAAAAAGUACGAAUUAUUACAAUAAAUUGUUUAAUCUAUUAAAUUUUCAAUUAUGUUUGAUUUAAUGAUAUUCUCACUUUUAAUUGUAUCAUUGAUAUCAAUUAUAUUUGCUAUCAUUUUAAUCAAUAAUUCAAGUACAGAUAUAUAUAGUGCUUUGAGUUAAAUGUAAAUGUUAGAAUUUUAUACAUCUUUUAUGAAUCCUUGCUAUUUAUUUUUAUCAUCAUUUUCAUCUACUUAUAAUUAUAUGAAUGGAUCAUUUGAACAUAAUUAAUUAUAAAACAUUUAAUCUUUAAUAUAAUAUAAUCAAUAUACUAUAAACCAAUCCUUUAUAAACAUUAAAAAAAGUUAUUCAAUUUAAUCUCAAGGUAAUUUAUUAUAAUAAGAUCUUUCAACUACUUUUAUAGAUUUUAAAUAUAUUAAAGGAAAUGAAUUUACAUCUGAAUAAAUAUCAUUACGUGAAGCAAUUUUUUUAAUUAUUCAAUACCAUUAUAAUUUUUAAUCCAUCUAUACAUAAGAGAAUGGAUUAGAAUAAAUGAUUUAAUAAUUAAUAUCAUAUCUAAUAAAUUUAGAUGAUGUUAAUAAAGAAAUACUUAAUUUAAACACAGAAAUAAUUACAUAUAUUAGUGAUAACCAUUUUUUAUUGUAAUAAAAAUGGAUUAUAGUUUGCCUUAGAUGUACUUAUUUGAUAUUAUUAUUUUAACUUUCUGCAUGGUUAUUAUACAUUAAACAUAUUAGAAAAUAUUCUAAAAUCUUGAAAUUGUUUUAGAAAGUAGAUAUUGUUUGGGUGUUAAGAGAUUUGGAAAGAUGUAAAGAAUUAUUGAAUUUACUUAAUAAAGAUUCUAAUUUAAUGUUUAGAUAUAAAUUUAAUAUAUUUUUAAAAGAAAGAUUCUUUAAAAGUGAAUUAUCUAAGAAACACAUUAUACAAGACAAGAUAAAGAGAACAGGAUUCAUUAAAUUGGAUAAUAAAUAAAAAUUAUUAUUAAGUAGAUUAGGUAGUUUUAUUUUAUAUUCAGUUCUAUUUUGUAUAUUCUUUAUUUAUUCAUUUAUUAUGAAUUUAUAAGGAAUUAAUUUUAUGGAUUAUUAUCAAAUGAAGAGUUUGUAAUAUAAUUAAAUUGGUGAAUUUGGUAUAUCUAUUCCUAAAGCUUAUAGCUUAAGAGAAGUAUUAUAUUUUAAAAGUAAUAACUUUAUUGGAUAUGAAUAUAUAUCAUAUAAUUUAACUGAUCAAUAUUUAUUAAUCAUACAAAAUAGUUUAGAUAGUUUGAGUAAUUUCUUAUAAACCUAUACUUUUACUGAUAGUAAUUAUAAUGAUUAAAAUCUAUUGGAUUUGAAUAAUCAAACAUUAUGUGAAGUAGAAAGUAUUUCAAAAACAUUUGAUUUGUAAUAAUAAUUUUUAUGCAAAUAAAUCUACGAUAAUGUUAUGGAUAGAGGUCUCUCUAUUACAAUAACUAAAAUUAGAGAUAUAUUACUGACUGAAAUGAAUAAUUCUUAAUUAUUUUCAUAAAGAAUUAAUCCACCAUUUAAUGAAAUAGAAAUUGGAAUAUAUUUGAGUGUUAUUAUUAUGAAUGUUUUAUAAACCAUUAAAACAGAACUUUCAGAUUAAGCAGAUUAAUUAAAUAUGACUAUUUGGGUAAUUCUAAAAUCAUAUAUUAGAUUGUUUCCAUUAUUUAUUUAGUGUUUACAUUCCUAAAAAUAGGGUUUAUACUAUUAUUUGUUAGAACACAUUAUUUGAACGAAUUUUAAAAUAUUAAGAAAAUAACUAUCUUAUUACCAUAGGCUGCAUUAUUUAUUGAUGAUUUAUUUGAAAGGCAGCUUAGAUAAUUAAUUGCUAAAGAAAAUCUCGUUUGA